CUUCUUAGAAAUUGGCGUUCUGAAAGUUUUUCAUUCAGCUGUUCGAGCACCGGUGCGACCGAUUCGAUUAAGGCAAAAGAAAAGAAAGACUUAUCCGAAUUCAUCGAGUUGGAACGGAAAUUGUGUGGCCAAUAAAGGCUGAAUUUCGAAAAUGAGUAAAGCUAUGCAGUUGUUGGGCAGUAAAAUCAGCCUCAUCUCCAAGUCGGAGAUCCGUUACGAAGGGAUUCUAUUCACACUCAAUCCCAAUGAAUCGACUUUGGCUCUGGCUAAAGUGCGUAUGUUUGGAACGGAAAACCGACCAACAGACAAUCCUGUUGCUGCAAGAGAUGAGGUGUUCGAGUUCAUCAUCUUCCGUGGUCAGGACAUCAAAGACAUCCGCCUUUGUGAGCCACCAACACCACAACCUACUAUGCCUGGAACUCUGCCCUAUGAUCCAGCCAUUGUUCAGCAUUCAGUCCCUGGUGUUGGAUCCCUUGGAGCAACAGGGCUUCAACAGCCAACUGGACUUGCUGGUAGCAUCAUGAGGCCUAAUUUUGGACCAUUGGGUGGUCUGAAUCCCUAUCCAAAUCUAGAUGGUGGGGCUACUGGUGGCCCCCUGGGACAGCUAGGCAACCUUAUGGCACCAGGCUUAGGUGCAGGACUAGGAGGUUUGGCUGGUGGAUUGGGACUGAGUGGAGCCGCCGCUGUUGCAGCAGCCAGUGAGUUACCCCUUUCCCCUCACGGCGAUAUGCCCCCUCACCCGGAUCAUUUGUCCGAGGGAGACCAAGAUUUGUUGGGCGGAGUAGGAAGAUCCAAUAACUCAACGCCAGUUGGAGGCGCUUCAGGAACAACGAGCCAGUCAAGGAAAUCUCCUUUACUGGGUGACAAAGAGGAUAAUCAACGAACAAGCAGCCGCGGCUCUGGAGGUGGUGGUCGUUCUCAACAGAAUGAUCGCAGCCAACAACAACGUGGUGGAAAUGGAAGAUCAAAUUCUCGUGGUCGUGCACGCGGAAACAACGCUGGUGGUAAUCAGAAUGCUGAUCGCAGAGAUGGUAACCGAUCUCAAGGGGGACAUCCUCAAGGUUCGUUCAAUCGAUUUGCAAGCAAUUUCAAUAAUCGAUCAAAGGGGCCCCUAAAGUUUGAUGAAGAUUAUGAUUUUGAGUCUGCCAACGUGAAGUUUGAAGAACUGAAAAACAAAAUGGGCAAAAUGAAAAUUGGCGGUGACACCGUACUUGUGCUUAGCGGCCCUCCUGGAUCUACCGUAGAAGGGGAGAAGAAAGAAAAAUCAGAAGGCGAACCCACCGAAGCGGUUACAAAUUCAGGUGACGGUGAAGCUUCGACAGAAGCUUUGGUUUCGGUUUCGCCUAAUGAUGAUGGAAAAGUUCCUGAAUCUCCAGUAAAGCCCAUCUGCUACGAUAAGACGCGUUCGUUCUUUGACUCCAUUAGCUGUGAAGCUGUAGAGCGGAGCAAGGGUAGCAAUACGCAGCGGACAGAUUGGCGCCAGGAGCGUAAAUUGAAUGCCGAAACCUUUGGACUGCCGUUUAACCAGCGCCGAGGCGGAUUUAACCGUGGAGGCGGUGGUGGACGAGGUUACUAUGGAGGACGAGGAGGCGGAGGUGGGGGGUAUUACCGCCAGCAGAGCAAUGAUGGCGGUUACCAGCAACGUGAUGGUUACCAGCAGCGUGAGGGCGGUUAUCAGAACCGAGAUGUAGGUUAUCAACAGCGUGAUGGUGGAUUUCAGCAGAGGGAUGGAGGUUACCAACAAAGAGAUGGAGGUUAUCAACAGCGAAGUGGUUAUCGAGGAUCAGGUGGAUACAGAGGUGGCCGUAGCGCGCGAGGUGGUAAUGGUGGUGGAGGCAAUAGAGAUUCUGAAUCCACCGGCCAGUCAAGAGGAGGAUAUAACCAGAGAAGGACCUGGCAACAACAAGAGAAUCGAACGUAAAAUUGUUCGUUUACUGGCUGCUGAAGCAUACUUGAAACGCUGAAUGAUUCUGUCGAACAUUUGAUGAGGGAUAUGGGGGGCAUUUGGUGUGAGAGGUUUCAGUUUGGUAGAGUUGGAAAACGGCGUCGGAUAAGUGAUGAUUGGUGCGCGCGGGUGUACAGUUUUGUUUGGUUUGUCUCGCCGUUGGAGUGAAGUGAUCGUAACUCUUGUUGGGCCCUCCUCUCUUCGCGGACGGAUCGUUCUUUGCGUCUCUUCAAGUCUAAGUAGCCGGAAAUUGAAGAACGAAUUUUCCACGUUUUCCUUUUUUUUUUUUUUUUUUUUUUUUUUUUUUCUAUUGCUGUGAGGAUCGAUGGAUUUACCUUUGGAUUUAACACCUGGAACAGAAGGAAGUUGAAAUUUUCGUUUUUCUUUUGUUUAUUUCUCACCUGUUAAUUUCCUUAAUUAUUGUAGAGACUUUUGACUCUUGUUUUUUUCUUUUUCUCGUCUAUUCAUAUUUUGCAUCUGCCCCCAGUUCACUCAGUUUCUCCCAACUGCCUCCUUUACAUUGUUCCCGUCCCCUUUCCAAUAUUUCUGAAUGAAUGUGCGUGGGGUGUAAUGAUUAAAAGUCAUGUAAUUGAGCAAGAUGGUCAACUUUGUCAGGAUUGCAAAGAUGUGCUACGCUUCGGAACCGCGAGUGAUUUUUACACGCCGUGGCAAAUCGUAAAUUUUCGUAUUGUACGCGACUCGCGCCUCGUCCAUACUUUUUGGUAAACAUAAUUCCACGACUUGUGAAGAAUACCGGCAAAUGGCACUCGACCGGCUUCUGUAUUGUUUAUCUGCUCCUAUAUCGUGGGCAUGUACUCAAAACUCGUAAAAAAACAGAAGCACAAUAAAAUAUAAAACGUCGUGUAA